AUGCCGAACAUCUCCAUGAACAAACAAGGAAUCAGAUCCGAUGUAAAUCGAAAGAAAACAUACGAUUACAAAUAUCACGAUAAAUACGAUUACAAAUAUCACGAUAAAAACGAUUACAAAUAUAACGAUCAAAACGAUUACAAAUAUAACGAUAAAUACGAUUACAAAUAUCACGAUAAAAACGAUUACAAAUAUAACGAUCAAAACGAUUACAAAUAUAACAAUAAAUACGAUUACAAGUAUCGCGAUAAUUACGGUGACAAUAACAAUGAACGUAUUAUAAAUAGCAAUAAACACGACGCAAAAUAUUUGAUUAAAAAUCGAAAUCGUCUUCGUGAUAGGAAAGGUGAUACGUUUAAAAGAGAUUCCUACUUUGUAGACUCUCCAAACACGAUCGAAUACCAAUUAUCGAACGAGCACUUCGUGAAGCUUGGCUGGACUGUGUUGCCUAUUAGGAAAUUUAUGAGGAAAAUAUAUCUCUACGAAAGCAAGAUGGCGAAACCUCAUUUGGAUUGGUUCAAGAAAUACCGAUACGAAGAUAGAAGAUAUUACGAAGAUGGCGUCACGCCCUUCUUGAGCUUCCAUCCCGACGAAACGGGCAAGGUUUUCUACCCGAAUGGUCGGACAGCCGUAAAAAUUCACAAGCCGGAAAAUCGAGAAUAUGACAUGUAUACUGUAUUCACGCCAGGAGGCAAGGACAUUGUGGGUAUCACGAGGAAGCCGCAAAUAAUUGCCGUUUUCGACACUCUCUGCAACGGUGUUAUCCUCGACGAAAAUGGCAUCACGAGACUUUCUUAUAAUCAGAUCGGGGGUAUUUGGAGGGAUAAUCCUGGCGGAUUGCCCUUUCUAUGGACUUGGAGUAGCAAUGUCGAGGAACCGAUCAUUGAAAACGUAUAUUCGAUAAAAUCGAUGAGUGAAUUGGAAAGAUUAUUUCCAUCCUUGAAAAAAGAUCUGGAAAGCAUUAGUAAAAAAAACACGCAAACUUCGUUGCCCUCUCCGAUGACCUCGGAUAUGAGAGAAAAAGCGGAAAUCGCAAGAGAUGAGCAGAAACCCGUCGUUGUUAAUGCUGUUGUCGAGGAACGCGAGAAGUAUCUCGAAUCCGAGUUCUUCAACGAUAAGAGAGAAGUUCACUCAAUGAAAGAAGAGGACAACAAGACUAUCAAAAUAAUCUGUAUGAAAUUAAACAAGUAUUUGAGUUUUCGAAUUCUCAAUCGUAGAAACAUCAAUUUGAAAUUUUUCGCCGGCACUAAAAGCAUAAGGAUAGAACUAGGAACAAUAUUAAAUUAUGACAAGAAAUUGAAAUCCUAUCACGAGGAUGCUACAGAUUGGAAAAAAGUUGUACAGAGAUGUAGGUUUCAAGAUUCUUGGGAAAAAAGUAUAAGAACCGAUAGCCUCCACAAUUUGUCACGAGAAAUGGAAUAUGUUAAAAGAUGCGCGAGACAACGUAAGAUUAUGUUAGAAAAAUACAAGCCCUGAUUCAAAAGUACGUAAAAAUAAUUUUUC